UUAGACCAGGGGCUUGAUGAGACCUCACAUGGCGGUCGCCGACCCGCGACUGCAAUUUUUCUUCUCUUUUUUGUUUUUUUUUCAACGGAGCAAAACAAAUAUUCCCCUAGGUGGUGGUGGGGCCCUGCUUUGCUGGCCGAUAAAGCAAGCAUGCCACGGACCUUUUCUUCAAUUUUCUUAGCAUUGCCUGUUCUCCACUCUAAUAUUGACACAAUUGUCUUCUUUAAUCUCAUAUUUUUCUUUCCUUGCUUUAAACCGUCAUCACCAUUAAUGGGGAUUGCCUAAGUUUUGACUUGUUCCUCUCUCUCUGUCUCUACCUUCCCUUCUUUCAAUGCUAUUAAGAGCUUCAACUUCAGUUCCUUUACAUUUUCUCUAAAUCCAAACAAGAAAGGAAGAAGACCCAUUUCCUUCUUUCGCAGAUUUAAUGGUGUUAAGAGCCAGCUCGGCAGGCAGCUGGUGAACACUCGGCCGCCUAGUUCUUUAGAGGGAAGGAGAACAGAAAGUAUUUUAAGUAUCAGUGGAUGUUUAACAGAAGGUCCGAUUUAUGAGAAUCAUGUCCUUUUCUGCGAAGGAUAUUGAUUCAGAAUUCCAGGGUGCAGGGGCAAAAGCUGGUUUAGAAAUCUGGUGCAUCGAGAACAUCCAGUUGGUGCCAGUCCCAAAGUCUUCUCAUGGGAAAUUCUAUUCUGGAAGUGCAUAUGUAGUUCUAAAUACAAUCUUGCUCAAGAGUGGUACUUUUCAACAUGACAUACAUUACUGGCUGGGAAAUGAUGCAAAAGAGGUGGACUCAUUGUUGGCAUCAGACAAAGCACUUGAAUUGGAUGCAAUCCUGGGAUCUCAGGCUGUGCAAUAUAGGGAAGUUCAAGGUCUAGAAACUGAGAAGUUCUUGUCAUACUUCAAACCUUGUGUCAUACCCAUUGAAGGAGCAUUUUCUAUGGCACCAGGGAAGUUGAAUCAUGAAACAUACCAAGUCAGUUUGUUAACAUGCAAGGGAGAUCAUGUCGUUCAUGUAAAAGAAGUACCCUUUUCUCGGUCAUCAUUGAAUCACAAUGAUGUGUUCGUACUGGACACAGCAUCAAAAAUUUUCCUUUUUAGUGGGUGCAAUUCCCGCAUGCAAGAAAGAGCCAAAGCUUUAGAAGUUGUUCAAUAUAUCAAAGAGAAUAAGCACAGCGGGUUUUGUGAGGUGGCAACCAUAGAGGAUGGAAAAUUUGUUGGUGAUCCUGAUGUUGGGGAAUUUUGGAGCUUAUUUGGUGGUUAUGCUCCCAUUCCCCGGGACUCACCUUCUGCCACCCAACCACAACCUGAUUUGGCAUCUGCAAAACUAUUCUGGAUAAAUACCCAGAGAAAACUCUGCCAAAUCGAGACUGAUUCAUUGAAAAGUGAAAUGCUUAGUGCAAAUAAGUGUUAUAUGUUGGACUGUGAUACUGAGAUUUUUGUUUGGAUGGGAAGAACUACCUCAAUUACAGAACGGAAGACAUCAAUCUCAACCACAGAAGAUUUCCUCAGAUCUCAAGGAAGGUCAACUAGAACCCACUUAACUUUCUUAACUGAAGGAUCAGAAACAGCCACAUUUAGGUCCUACUUUGAUAAUUGGCCUCAGUUGGUUGAGCCCAGGCUAUAUGAAGAAGGUCGAGGGAAAGUGGCAGCUAUAUUCAAGCAGCAAGGUUAUGAUGUGAAGGAGCUUCCAGAAGAAGACUGCCAACCAUUUCUAGAUUACAAUGGAACACUGAAAGUUUGGCGAGUAAAUGGUGAUGAAAUCUCCCUCAUUCCAAUUGUGGGACUGGUCAAGCUUUUCAGUGCAGACUGCUAUAUUAUGCAGUAUACGUAUUCCAACAGUGGAAGGGAUGAGAAUCUAUUUUAUUUAUGGCUUGGAAGGAUGAGUGUAAUGGAAGAUAGACAUGAUGCCAUAUGCCGUAUUAAUACCAUUGUUGAUUCAAUGAAAGGAAAUCCAGUUUUGGCUCAAGUUAUUGAGGGUAAAGAGCCAGUUCAAUUUUUCUUUAUUUUACGGGCUUCAAUUGUAUUCAAGGGAGGAAUGAGUGCACGGUAUAAAAGUUUAAUAGCAGAAAAAGGUUUUGCGGAUGAAACUUAUGAUGAAAAGAAGACUGCACUUUUCCGAGUUCAAGGGACGAGUCCAGAUGAUUUGCAAGCCAUCCAAGUUGAUCCAGUCUCGAGUUCCCUGAAUUCAUCUCAUUGUUACAUACUGCAAACUGAAUCGUCGAUCAUCACUUGGGUUGGGAAUCUCACUUUUUCCAAAGACCAAGAUCUUCUUGACAAAAUGCUGUAUCUGAUAAAUCCAAUGUGGCAACCUAUAUCUGUUAGGGAAGGUAGUGAACCAGAUCUUUUCUGGGAUGCACUCGGUGGAAAAGCAGAGUAUUCAAGGGGAAAAGAGACUAGAGGAUAUAUGGAAGAUCCACACUUGUUUGCAUGUACACUUGUUAAUGGAAAUUUCAAGGUGAAAGAGAUAUUCAACUUCACACAGGAUGAUUUGACUACUGAAGAUGUGUUGGUGCUAGACUGCAGCAUAGAAAUUUAUGUUUGGAUAGGACGCCAUUCAAAUGUUCAAUCAAAGCAACAAGCCUUUUCUCUUGGCUUGAAAUUCCUUGAGACCGACAUUCUUGUUGAAGGAUUAUCUUUAGAGACUCCUAUAUAUGUUGUUACAGAAGGGCAUGAACCACCAUUCUUCACUCGUUUCUUUGCAUGGGAUUCAUCAAAGGCAAAUAUGCAUGGUAACACAUUUGAGCGGAAGCUUGCUAUAUUGAAGGGGCAAGCACGAAGGAUAGAAGUGUCAGCAAGGAAUUCACGAUUAACUUUGUCCAUGGAGACUAAGCUGGAUGGUUUAAAGAGCAAGUCCAUCAGUUCCAAUGGAUUGGGAGGAAAUUUAUCUCUUGCAUCCAGUGUUUCGGGCUCGAGUUUUAAAUCUUCACCCAGUAGCCAAUUUUCCACUCCAAACUCAACAGUCAAGAAGCCUUUUUCAGGACCUUCCCCUGAUCAUUGUAGUUCUGAUGGAUCAUCAUCAGUAUCCACAGGCUCCCAGGUUGUGCCAAGCUCCAGCUGUGGGAAUGCAGGUCCAAUGCUGGCUGAUGGAAGUGACAGUCUUGACUCAUUAAUCAUUCCCUAUGAAAGAUUGAAAGUGUUGUCAAAUGAUCUGGUAAAAGGCAUAGAUGUAACCAAACGAGAGGUAUGUUUAAUAUUUAUGCGGAGAAGCAUUCAGUAUCCUAAAUCAGUCUCUCAUUGCAAUUUUUGCUUCCAAGAUCUUGACAAUCCAGCAAUUCCUAUCCUACAAACAUGGGUUAGAAUACAAGUUUAUACUGAUAUGAUCUUUGACAUCGUUAGCAAAUUGGGAAUUGGGAUAUUGAAAAUUUUAGCAGCUCGUAAUUAUGACUGGCUUGAUCAAUUCAUAAAUUCCUCUUUUUUGAAAUUUAGAAAGAAGUCCUAAGUGACUUUUUUUUUAAAAUUUGUGUUGUGUCUCAUAUUAUAAACGAUGCAUAUAAAGUCUGUAAAUAAUGGAAAGUUUCACGUGCUGGGUGAGAGUUCCCAAGGGACUUGAGAGCGGUGCCCAUGUCUUGUAACAUGACGGAUUUUGGGAUUUUUAGAUGGGGCUAUUUUCAUUUCUAGCCAAGGGUUCUAAAACCCUAAGGCAGUUACAGUGUACUGGAGAUUUUGCAGUAGCUGAACCUCGGAGAACUGUUGCUUUCUUCUCUCUUUCUGUUCUUUUUUUUUUUUUUUUUUUGUCACUUUUUUUUUCCCUCUGUGCCUGCAUAAUCCUACCGAGUCAUGAUAACCCUAAAAAAAAACAAAAAAUGUCUAAAUAUGAUAUCAUGGCCAAAAACUAUGCUCGGAAACACUAGUUUCUGACCUUCUGUUACUAUGAUGAUCAAGUUUGCUUGUUUUGUGUUUUUUUUAAUGUUCAUUUUUCUGCAUUUGAGAUUUGAGAGGUACAAUAGUUAAAAUUUUCAGGCUUGUACUUGUCUCAGUUUAGUUUACUGACGAGAAAC